AUGGAGUGGAAACUAUUUUACAGAAUCAAACGUUUUAAAUCGUUUCCAACUGCGAUGAUGGCAAAAAGACUGUCGUCUGGAUUAAGCAAAGUGACAGGUCGAUUGAUAUGGAUCGAUUGUGAGAUGACUGGUCUGGAUGUGAAUGUGAAUAGAAUCGUCGAAAUUGCUUGCAUUGUCACUGAAGCUGAUCUCAGUAUUGUCUCCGAAGGACCAGAUCUCGUAAUAAAUCAGCCGGAAGAUGUUUUAUCGAAUAUGAGCGAUUGGUGUAAAACAACUUUUAAAAUGAAUGGUUUAACGGAGAGGAUUCGAGCAAGUAACAUAAACACUGAAAAUGCUGAAUCACAGGUAUUAACCUUUCUGAAAAGGCACACUGAAGCUGGUCAAAGUGUUUUGGCUGGUAACUCGGUUUAUAUGGAUCGUAUUUUCAUCAAUAAAUAUAUGCCGAAUUUGGGUGCUCACCUCCACUAUCGUACUGUUGACGUUUCAACAGUUAAAGAGUUGGUAAAGCGUUGGAAUCCAUUAGCUUAUACGUUGAUACCUCGUAAGAAGAAUGCGCACAGAGCACUGGACGAUAUCAAGGAAAGUAUUGAAGAACUGAAGUGGUAUAAGGCGAAUAUUUUUAAAUGUGAUAACUUCGUUACAUAA